UACUAUGCGUAUUUUUAUAAGGUUAAAAAAAAUCCUUUGACAUGUGUUCAUUUUGUAUUUUUCCUUCCCCCAGGUGCAGAUUAUUCAUCAGCAUGGUUACCUGGUAAUGAAGCAUUGUGGCAGGCCACAACUGUUCCAUCUAGCCAUCGAAAUAACCAUAUCAGGAGACACAGUAUAACUUCUGACAGUGGAGACACUGGCAUUGGCACUUCCUGUUCUGACAGUGUGGAAGAUCAUUCAACUUCAAGUGGCACGCUGUCUUUUAAACCUAGUCGAUCAUUGGUUACCCUUCCCACUGCCCAUGUGAUGCCGUCUAACUCCAGUGAUUCAAUUUCCAAACACAUGGAAUCUGUAGCAUCAGAUAGCUCUAAAUGGACUGUAAGCCUCAUGCAGUCACUGGGAGACCACAGUAGAGGGGAGCAGGACUCCUCACUAGACAUGAAGGACUUCAGGCCCCUACGGAAAUGGUCAUCUUUGUCCAAACUUACUGCCCCGGAUAACUGCAACCAGAGUGGCAUUGCAUACACAGAAGAGUUGAGGAAUGAUUUGGAAAAGAUAGGGAAGGGCAAGAAUUUCCCACCCCACUUAAGGACGGUUGGGCCCAGUUGCUUACAUGACAGUAUGGAGAUGCUUAAGUUGGAAGACAAGGAAAUAAAUAAAAAGUGGUCUUCAACUCUGGACUGCAAGUAUAAAUUUGAGAGCUACAAUAAAGAGGACACCAGAGCCUCCUCCUCUGCUCUUAGGAGACAGACCUUAGACAUGACUUACAGUGCCUUACCUGAGAGCAAGCCCAUUGUGACAGGCUCAGAGGCUUUUGAGUCUCCCAAGUACUUGAUGCUUGGCCAGCAGGCAGUCAGUGGAGUUCCCAUUCAACCUUCCGUGAGGACUCAGAUGUGGCUUACAGAGCAGUUACGAACAAACCCAUUGGAAGACAGAACUUCAGAGGAUUCUUACAGUUUAGCUCCUUGGCAACAGCCACAAAUUGAAGAGUUUCAACAAGGAAGUGAAACACCAAUGCAGGUUUUGCCUGGAUCAUCUCGUCAGAGUUACUCACCUUCUGGCUUUCAGGAUUUCAGUAAGUGGGAAUCAGUGUUGAAAAUAAAAGAAGGACUUCUAAGGCAGAAGGAAAUUGUAAUUGAUAGGCAGAAGCAACAAAUUAACCACCUACAUGAAAGGAUAAGGGAUAAUGAAUUACGGGCACAACAUGCCAUGCUAGGACAUUAUGUAAAUUGUGAAGAAUCUUAUAUGAGCAGUUUGCAGCCACAAUAUGAGAACAGUCCAGUCCAGACUCCAUUUUCAGAGCAGUCACUGUCCCAUCCCCAACAAGAAGAACUUGAGCAAAAGCUAGCAUCUACUGAGAAAGAAGUUUUACAGCUCAAUGAGUUUCUCAAACAAAGAAUAAACAAAUUUAGUGAAGAGAAGAAGAAAUUGGAGGAAAAGCUGAAAACCAGAGAUAGAUACAUCAACAGCCUGAAAAAGAAAUGCCAGAAGGAAUCUGAGCAGAACAAGGAGAAGCAGAGAAGAAUUGAGACCUUAGAAAAGUACCUGGCAGACCUUCCAACUCUAGAUGAUGUACAGAGUCAGAGUCUACAGCUGCAAGUUCUUGAAGAGAAAAACAAGAAUUUGCAAGAGACUCUGAUAGACACAGAGAAGAAGCUUGAGGAGAUUAGGAAGCAGUGCCAAGACAAAGAAGUGCAGCUACUGUGCCAGAAGAAGAAGGAAAAGGAGCUGGUGACUUCUGUUCAGAGCUUACAACAAAAAGUAGAAAAAUGCCUUGAAGAUGGAAUCCGCCUUCCCAUGUUAGAUGCAAAACAGCUUCAAAGUGAAAAUGAUAAUCUUAGAGAGCAGAAUGCAACUGCUAGUAAGAUAAUAGAGAGCCAGCAGGAUGAAAUUAACAGAAUGAUUUUAGAGAUUCAGUCUAUGCAAGCGAAACUUUCUAAAGAGAAAUUGACUGCACAGAACGUGGGGGAAGAGUUAGGAAGGAAAGAAGGAAGCCUCCAGAGAUUAACAGACGUACUGCUUGAAAGCCAAAGACAGACAGGAGAGAUGUACUCUCUACUGGAUCAGGGCCAAGAAGCAGAGCAGUCUGGGCUGCAGACCAUUCAUUCUAAGUGGCCUGUCUUUGAUCUGACAGUGAUUGACCAGCUGUUCAAGGAAAUGUCCUAUUGUUUGUUUGACUUGAAAGCAUUGUGCAGUAUUCUUAAUCAACGAGCUCAGGGCAAGGAGCCUAACCUUUCCUUAUUACUGGGAAUCAGAUCAAUGAACUGUUCAGCUGAAGAGACUGAACAUGACCACAGCCCAGAAGCACUCACAAAAAAGCUCUCAGAUGUGUGCCAGUUACGGAGGGACAUUGAUGAAUUAAGGACUACAAUAUCAGACCGCUAUGCUCAGGACAUGGGAGACAACUGUGUUACCCAGUGAUCAAGUGUUGGUCCACAGCAACAAUGAUCCAUUGUAAAAUGCUGCUGUGUUAGACUCUUUUGUUUCUUUUUCAGACUUAUAAGGGAAAGGUGAAGCUCCUUGUGGCAUACUUCAGCUUUGUUGUUGUUCUGUUUGCUUUACUGAGGAAGUUCGAAGGAGCUGGUCAAAUCAGGCAAACAAUCAUGUUGCUAUUUAAAAGAAUGUGAUAAUGUCUGCAAGAAAGGAAAACAAAACAACCUGCAUUUUCAAACUACUGAUUGUAGGACCAAGCUGUGAACAGUGCUUUGAAGAUAAAGGCAUAGGGUUUCCUUAAUCCUAUCACUUUAUGUAUGUACAAGUCAGAGCUCAUUCGUUCUCCCGCCUGAUCACUCUGUCUCUGUCUGUCUGUCUCUCUGUGUGCAUGCCAUGCAUGUGCAUUUGCAAAUGCAUGGACUCUAUUCACACAGUAAUAGGAUUUCAAGGGUCAAAGCAAAGCUUUGAAAGGCCCACACUGUCAAUUCUUCAUUUGGAAUUUUAUAGGCAGGCUGACUAGAUCCAAUAACAAGGCAGUGUUCUAAUGCAUAAGAACAGCAAGCAAAAUCAUUAGUGUUUUAAAAGUGACUGUCUAGAUGGUGUGAUUGUGAAAUUGGACUGAUUUUAGUACUGAAGACAGCUAUUUCUUCUGGAGUGUUCAUAGAUUGUCUUAGCAGUGUGAAAAUUCUGCUGUGAUAUUUUCAUUGGCUUUGUAAGAAAAGUAAUUGCAAUUAAUUUAAGCAAUCUUUAUGAUAUAUAUAUGUAAACAGCCAUAUAAAAUUAAUAGGAGCCCUCUGAGGCCCUUGGUGACUAUUAUAAAAAGACAGAUGAUAAAGUAAGUCUGGCAGAGUUGCUUUUUAUCUAUAUUUCAGCGUUUACAUUAAACAGUUUCAUGCCUGCUUUAACUACUUUAAGAGAAGGCCAACUCAUUAUUCAUAAAUGAAUUAACAGUAGCAUAAAGCCUAAGUCUUAAUGAUAUUUUAAUUUCUUUUAUUAGAUUUGUUACAUUAUAGUUUGUCAUGGAAUAUGAUAUUGCUUAGGUUGGUUCAUCUGGAGCACAGGGUACUACUAUGAAAUGCAACUCAUCUGGCAGAUACACAGCCAUUUAAAUGUCAAAUAAUAUUGUCUGUAUCAUUUUAUGUUUUGGAAAGGUUAUAUAUUUUAUUGCUGGCUGAGAAUUCAUUACAGUCUUUCCCAUGUAGGCAAAACAUUGCCCUUUAUAGGUUGGUUUUCUUUCCCUCCCUUCCUCCUUCUCUGCCUCCCUCCCUCCUCCUUCCUUCCUUCCUUCCUUCCUUCCUUCCUUCCUUCUUAAUAUAACCUUGUUUUCUUCAGGUAGGACUGCAUAGGUGGGAGAGUAAAGUGUGUGGAACCAGCAGGGUAGUACAGUGGGCUGAAAUCAGACACAUACCCGUUUUCUUGCUAAGCUUAUUCUGGUGUAAAGCUUGCUCCUAGAAAAUAUUUUUCCUAAUCUC